CACGUCCCCUCCUGACUCCCAUGGCGAAAUCCGAUGGUGGAGAAGAUAGGCCUUCCCAAGCAUCCUUUGGGUCGGCUUUACCCUUGAUAUGGCUCCAGUUAGGCUCCCGACUUUUCUCUUUUCUUCUGAACCAAGCCCUGCUUCGUAUGGCGACACCCAGCGCCUUCGGCACCGCUGCGAUUCAAUUCGAACUGCUAUUGAAUACUAUUCUAUUUCUCAGUCGAGAGGGCGUCCGGAUCGCGUUAUUACGCGUCAAAAAGUCGGGACCUAGUAUAUCUAACGUCUCCUUUAUUCCCUUCUUGCUAGGGUGCCCCGUAGCACUCACCACAUGUUACCUCUACAUCAGGUUCGCUGGGGAAGAGACAAGUUCCCAACCAUAUUUCCACUCAGCUGUAAUUUUCUACGUUUUCGCUGCCUUGUUGGAGCUACUUAAAGAACCAAUGCAUAACGCCACGAUGGCGGAUCUGAACACAGGAAUCAGGUUGCGUGCCGAAGGCCUCGCUAUCGUCGGCAAAUCCGCCAUUACUUUUUUGGUACUCUUUCUCGAUCCUCACAGGGACGAUAGCCAACAGCACAGGGCCCUUCUGGCUUUUGCUCUUGGACAAACCUUUUAUUCACUUUGUGUUUGGGCUAUCUACGUUGCCCACUAUGGACGACAAUAUUUGUAUCCGAAACGUCCUCCCAAAAAUGAUACAUUCUUCGAUCCUGUCAUGUUCAAACUCUCCAUGACCAUGACGUCGCAGUCGGUAGUGAAGCAUUUCCUUACAGAAGGUGACAAAUUAAUCUUGUCAUGGUUCAGUCCCCUGCAGGAUCAGGGAGGGUAUGCGAUCGCACUGAAUUAUGGCUCUCUCGUUGCACGCAUACUGCUGCAGCCUCUCGAAGAGACAUCUCGCUCUCUCUUCUCACAAAUUCUGGCUGACAAGGACGAUAAAAGCAGUCUAGCUAUAGCUGCCAAUAGACUCACCUCAUUUCUUUCCGUCCAAAUACCCAUUUCCCUUAUCCUGCCAGUAUUCGGACCUCCAUUUAUACCCCUGGGCAUCCAGUUCCUACUGCCGCAACAGUAUCUACAAACGAGCGCGCCACAAGUAUUAUCAGCCUGGCUCUGGUACAUUCCCAUAUUGGCUUUGAACGGUCAACUAGAGGCCUUCUUCGCCAGCGCAGCUGACUCGGGCGACCUGAACAAGCAGAGCACUUGGAUGGCAAUAUUCUCCAUCCUCUACACAUCGUUAGCUAUUGCUUUGUACCGUUUACGGGUUGGCGACGCCUCUCUAGUAUACGCAAAUAUGAUCAACCUCACGGCACGGAUUCUCUACGCCAUGAUUUUCAUCUCGUCCUUUUUCAAACGUCGCGGCACGCCAGAGCUUCUCCGCUGGACGGCACUCAUCCCAAAAGCGCUGUUCUGUGGCGUUCUUGGAGGAUCGUUUGUGUUGCUUCGGCUGCUUUACAGUCAGCUAAGCAUAGAGAGGACCAUUGAAGAAAAUGGAAAGGCGUCGCUAUUGAAACGGAACGUUGUCGUAUUUGUUCUUACGGGAGGCUUCUUCGGGCUUGUGAGCCUUGGAAUACUGUGGAAAUUGUCAAGUGAAUCCCGAAGGCAGCUCAGGUCUAGGCGUAAGGCGGAUUAGAUACUUUUCUGUAUUUCUGUACGAAAUUUUGGAAUUAUAUUUACUCCUCCAGGCUG